AUGCACUCUCCUCCACAGAAGCGUGUCAGGCUGCUAGUAGAGACAGAAGAUGAGAAAGACUGCCAAGCUCCUCGAGCUAAAUCGUUGCCUAUUGAGGGGUCAGUCCUACGGGACCACGAGUUUUGGUUCAAAGAUGGGAACAUUGUUCUUGUCGCUGAAAAGACUGCAUUCUGUCUCUACAUUGGGCUGCUCUCAGCACAAUCUCCCGUCUUUCAGAACCUUUUCUCUGCUACGAAGCUCAAUGCCGAAGAGUAUAUCGAUGGUAUACCCGUCGUGAGGGUGUUUGACUCUCCUCAUGAUUGGCGUCAUUUUCUCCGCGCAUUGAUACCGAAGGAUGAGCUGUUCGAUUGCUUCCCUUCUAUAUCGGCGACGAUCCGGCUCUCGCACAAAUAUCAAGUCGAUUGUGUCAAGUCGGAAGCGCUACUUGCGCUGCAAGGCUUGUACCCAUCCGACUUCGAGUCCUGGCUAGAGAUCGACACCGAGGUAUCCCAGGAGUGGAACGCAUGUGGCCAAGCAGUCAACCUUGCGCGCCUCACAGAGACCUCGUCCAUCCUUCCUGCCGCCCUCUACUACUGCUCCACUCUCGGCGGAGCGGUCGCUAAGGGAUACCGUCGUGAGGACGGCACGAUCGCAUACCUCAGUCAAGACGACCUCGUACGCUGCAUCCACGGAAUGCGCGCGCUGACUGGCGCCUCCUCCGACUACGUCCGCGGCAUGUCCCGACCCUUGGCCUAA